GGAGGCCGCCCCCUCCGUGCCAGCGCCGCGCCCACCCUGCAGAGGGUGGCCCGAGAGCCCCGAGCCCGGCCCCGCCGAGCCCCCGGGCGGCAUGGGCGUGCUCAGGGCCGGGCUGUGCCCGGGCCUCACCCAGGACACUGUCCUGCAGCUGAGGAGCCGCGGGGUCAGGACAGUGGUGGACCUGGCUUCUGCAGACCUGGAGGCCGUAGCCCAGACAUGUGGCUUGUCUUACAAGGCCCUGGUUGCCCUGAGAAGGGUGCUGCUGGCUCAGUUCUCAGCCUUCCCCUCCAAUGGCGCUGAUCUGUACGAGGAACUAAAGACUUCCACUGCCAUCCUGUCCACUGGCAUCGGAAGCCUGGACAAACUGCUUGAUGCUGGUCUCUACACUGGAGAAGUGACUGAAAUUGUAGGAGGCCCAGGUAGUGGCAAGACCCAGGUAUGUCUUUGUGUGGCUGCAAAUGUGGCCUAUGGCCUGCAGCAGAAUGUUGUAUACAUUGAUUCCAAUGGAGGAUUGACAGCCUCCCGCAUCCUCCAGCUACUUCAGGCCAGAACCCCAGAUGAGGAGGUGCAGGCAGGAGCUCUCCAGAGGAUCCAGGUAGUUCGUGCAUUUGACAUCUUCCAGAUGUUAGACGUGCUACAGGACUGCCGAGGCACUCUGUCCCAGCAGGUGAGCAGUGCCUCAGGGACUGUGAAGGUGGUGAUUGUGGACUCAGUCACUGCGGUGGUCUCCCCACUUCUGGGAGGUCAGCAGAGGGAAGGGUUGGCGCUGAUGAUGCAGCUGGCUAGAGAGCUGAAGACGCUGGCCCGGGACCUUGGCAUGGCGGUGGUGGUGACCAACCACAUGACCCGAGACAGGGACAGCGGGGAGCUCAAACCUGCCCUUGGACGCUCCUGGAGCUUUGUACCCAGCACCCGGAUUCUCCUGGACAUUGAUGAAGGAGCAAGAGCAUCAGGCAGUUGGCGCAGGGCGUGUCUGACCAAAUCUCCCCGUCUGCCAACAGGUUUCCAGGAGAUGGUUGACAUUGGGACCUGGGGGCCUCCAGAGCAGAGCCCAGCGUCACAGGGAGAUCAGAUAUGACUGUGCUAUUGAUUGGGAAAGGGAAGGGCAUCGAGCGCCCCACCUCUGCACACAGUGACAGCUGCUGUUCACUGCCACCCAGCACUGGGGACUAGGGUUGAAGCUCCUGGGCUGGGCAGAGACGGCUCUGUUUCCUCAGCUGCUCUUUCUGUGGAAACAGAGCUACCGGUGAGAGAAGAUGCUAUGGUGGAAGGACACAGAAACUCAUGCUGGUGCCAAGUUUUCUUCCUUGUUUCUAUCCUGUCUGUUUCCAGUGGGGACCCAAGUUCACUCUGAAGAGGUCUGCUAGUGACCGGACAGAACCCGGUGUAUCACCAUCAUCUCCAUGCUCCAUCUUCAUGCAGUGACUGAGCUGGGAGGCCUCCAGCUUGCUUCUGCUUUUCCUUCUCUUUUUUAUUUUGCCUUUUUCCACCUGUAAGAUGGGGCGCCCUUUUCCCCAGCUUUGUCUUUGAGUUACUGGGUGGAAAUAAAUUCAAAGCCCUUCUUUAUCUA